CCACGCCAUUUCGAAACAAACAAAAACCUAGAAAAACUUCUCUGCUCAUCUUCUACUCGAGUUGUGUAAACUGCGCCCCGUUCUGUUUUCCCUUAUGCAGCCCUAGUCAUCCUCAAGAAUUAUCCAACAUCUCCUUCAAUGGGAAAGAGACUGCGCUCCUCUGUUCAAUCUUCUGCUGAAGAGCUACUUUACUCUGCGGCUUCUAAGAUCUCCACCAAAACUGGAAAAUCCGAAAUAAAAAACCUAAUAUGGAGCGCCGGUCCCUCUUCCGAUCUCGUCUCCUCCCUUCCCCCCGCUUUACACCUCACUGUCUGCCAGGCCCUGGAAUCUUUCAAGCAAUCCCUCGAAAAUGGCGGUGAUGUGGACGCCGCUUCCGUCGGGGACACCAAAUCUUCUCCCUCACCCGUGCUGAAGAAAUUUAGACGCUCUGUAAGGCUUAAAAGAUUAGAUGGUCCUGAUGGCGAGGAAGCGCAUCCAAAGCCUGGCUCCCAGACCCUAGAUAUUCAAAAGAAGCUCCGAGCCUACGCGUACGUGGCUCACAUUUGCGUUUCUCAUCCGAAGAAACUCUUCUCCCCGUCUGAUCUACUUCCUCCUGUGCAGAUUCUUCAUGACAACCUUGUUCUGUUUGAUGAUCCCUCCCUUCUUUCUGAAGUCGCUAAUCUAUGUGAAGUGUGGUGGAAGGAUAACUUGCCUGAGAGGGAGAAUCUAAUAAACCAGUCCCUCCCUUUCCUGCUGUCGAAAUCUCUAACCUACGGCAAGAAGACUGAUGUUCAUAGGAUUUUUGCUCUUCGUGAGGCCUUUUCUUUAUUUGAUUACGAGGAUGAGAGCAUUGAAGACCUGAGACUUUUGCUAGUUCGAUGCGUGAUCACCCCAGUGUAUUUAAAGACAAAGGAUGGAAGGAGUUUCAUUGCUUUCAUGGUGGGAUUAAAUGGCCUUCUUUUAAAGGAGUCGCUUGCAUUAAUUAGAUCUCAAAUUCCUUUUGGAAAAAAAUCAGUCCUCGAGGGCUAUGCUGAUAUCAUUUUUAAGGCUUGGAGGGGAUCAGAAGCAUCUGUGAAAGAAGAAAUUGAGGAUGGUUUUUUGCAGGGGCUUAUGGACGGGGCUAUACAUGCACAGAAGAAGCUGUUUGCUGCUUCUAUUAGAAGAGUAUUGAACGGGUUUAUUGGUCAGAGGACGACGCCAGGUGUUGACAAGGUCCUGUUCCGUCUGGCUGAGCCCUUGUUAUUCCGUUCACUGCAGGUUGCUAACUCCAAUGUUCGUGAAAAUGCAUUGUUUCUACUCUUAGAUCUGUUUCCACUCGAAGAUCCUGAUGCUACAAAAGACAUAAAGGAUACCUUACUUGAGAAGCAAUUUUUCCUAUUGCAGAAAUUACUUAUGGAUGAUUGCCCUGAGGUGAGAGGAGUGGCAGUUGAAGGCUUAUGCCGUAUUCUCAAUUUAUUUUGGGAAGUUAUUCCUUCUUUAACAAUAACAAAAAUAUUGGGAAAGAUUAUUGAUGACAUGGCAAUUGAUAUGUGCAAUGAAGUUAGACUAUCUACAUUGAAUGGAAUCAUAUAUUUGCUCGAAAAUCCUCAGAGUCAUGAAAUUAUGAAAGUUCUUCUUCCAAAACUAAGUCAUGUGCUGUUUGAUCCUUCUCUUUCUGUUCGUAUUGCUGCUGCUGAUUUGCUUUUAGAGGUUAUAAAUAUUCGGUCUUUCCAAUUUAACAAGGUUGUCAGUUUAGAUUCUUUAUUUUCUUCCCUGGCCAAUGAUCAUGAGCGUGUUGCUAGAAAAAUAACCAGGCUUCUCAUUCCUUCUUACUUUCCUUCAAAUCUGGAUCCAAAGGAGGCCCGCAGCCGAUUUAGUGCACUUAUGAGAAGAUCUCCAGACGCCGGGGCAAGAUUUUGUGAAUUUGCUUUAUCGGAGGGUUCAUCUGCGAAGUCUCUAAUGGAACUUCUAAGGUUCUCUCUUGAUUUAGUCCUUGCAACAAAUGGCACAAGUUCUGAUCAGAUUGAUGGGUUAAUUAUUGCUUCAGCGAAUAUAUGCUGUUGCUUAGCAGCUGAACUGUCUAAUAAGGCCCUUACCAGAAUAUUUUCAGCUGAUAAAGUAAAGAGUUUGCUUAAUGCAGCGACAUCUUCUAGAGCUCUGACUGCUGUACUAAGCAUUGCGUCUAUAGUUUCUCCAAAUGAUUUACAUGGAUUACAUGACCAAUGCUUGUUUCUGGCCCUGGAAUGUAUUGGAUUAUCAGAUGAUCUAGAAAGACAUGGUUUAAUACGAAAAAUUCAUAGACUAUUUUUUUCUUGUGGUUGGCUAGGUGAACUGAUUGGAAAGUUAAGCAGCAUUUUGCAAAGUAUUGCUUCCAGAUUUCUUUUGAAGUUUAAACUGGAUUUGCCUCCACAGGUUUUGCAGUCUAUUAAAAAGAAAAUAAAAUUACCUGCGAAGAGUUCUUCUAGGUUUGGUGUUCACACUUCAAAAGAAUCUAUCAAAUCUGACAAGUCCAAAACUGAGAAAGAUUUGUGUCUUGCAGCAGGAAUAGCAUGGCAGCUAAAAGAUUUGCUUGCAGAUGUUUAUAUGCGAAAGGUUUUGUUUCAAUAUCCACAUUUUGAAAUUGCAUUCCAUUCAUUAAAGAUAAUUUCUCAGGUAAACAUUGAAAUGUAUUUGCGAUACAAUUCUUUUGACACAUCUUCUAUCGAAGCCCUUGCAACUUUAGCUGUAUACAUUCAUCUACAAAAAGAUGACUUGGUUAUGAACGAAGUUCCAGGAAGUAAUGCUGAUGAUGGAUCCUGGUGCCUGAAUUCUCAUGUGAAGGAGACAAUAUUGAGUAAUACUUUGAACCAUCUGCUCCAUAAUGCUGAAAAAAUACUUAGCAAAGCCCUGUAUACGGAAUCUAAGGCUACACAUUCUGGGAUUAAGCUUGAUACGGAAAUGUCUCAAUCAGUGAGAACCAGGCAUAAAGCAGCUGCAGCGAGUGCAUCAAAUCAAACUGAUGGUUGUGAGUUCAAACUUGAUAUACCAGAAGCAAAAGGCAUAGAAAAUGUCAUGAAAAUGUGCACAUCUAUUCUCAGAUUUAUUUCUGAUAUUAAAACCAUGAACCUAGUUGGACAAAAUGAUAUAUCAUGCUUGAGGUUUGCUUCAGCAUAUGCACGUUACGUACUUUCGUCCAUGGGGGGUUAUCGGCGUGAAGUUUUGUCUUUUAAAGAAGAUGAUCUAAAAGAAGCUUUUUAUUGCCUGAAGAGCUCAUUUACAUAUGCAGCUAAGUUGCUUCAUCUGGUGCUUCAAUGCUCCAGUGAAUUUUCAACUGUACCAAUCGAGGCUUUCUAUCUUUCCAAUGACCUUCUAGAUCUCAUUACUGCCAUAGAACCUUAUUUUGGCAUAAAACUUGCCUUUCAAAUGGUAUCUGUUGUGAAGCCAUGGCUUCCUGUUCUAAUACUUGGCGUGGGCUGUAACCAACUAAUUAAAUCUAGGGAACAGGAUGGUGAAUCAAAAAUCAUCGGACCUAGUAGGCAUCAUUUCCCAACAUGGCUUGCUGUCUUAAGUAAGGCAGAACUACAUGAAAUCAGCAAGGUCAGUUCUGAGGAGAAUGAUGAUCAGAUUUCUGAACCAGAGGGGUCUGUUUUCACAAAAUUAAUUUGGAUGGCAGUGGUUAUGCUAAAGAAAGGAAGCCUUAGAAUAGUGGAUGCAAUCGGUUGUGUAAUACUGGUAGGUGUGGAUGUUGGGCUAGACACAAAGGAUUUUGGCUUACUCCUAGGUCUUGUUCAUUUUAUUUGUGUGAAGUUGCUGGGUAAGGAGUUCACUUCUUGGAAUGAGCUUGAACAAAUGACUUCUUACUUGCAAGAGAUUUAUCCACGGAUUGAAAAUGAGAUUGCAAAUCCCUGUCUAAGUGACGAUGAAAGAAAAAAGUUGGAGACUGCUAAGACACUGCUUACAUCUUUAUGCUUGAAUAGAGGAUGAAAUUUGUCUUUAGAACUGUGGUAAUCACCGCCAAGGUAUAAUUGCUUAUGGCCUAUUAAGAAGACUUCAAUUGUAGUGGAUAAGGUUAGUCUGAUCUGUCUUCCUUGGUUACUUUGCAAAAGGUCUAGUUUACAUCAACUAUACUGAAUAAUUUUUAAUCCUCAAGCAACUGUUAGAAACUGAUAGUUGAUUCCGUUGCAUUAACCUUUCA